AUGGACAGCGCAACCCACAUAGCCGCAGUCUCAAUCCCUGCCUUCAGCCACCAAGCUUCCAUUGUUGAGCUCUGCAAAAAGCUCCUUCUUCUUCAUCUUCACCCCAACAACCUCCACGUCACCAUCAUCUUCCCCACCAUCCAUUCUCCUCCUCCCCAUGAAGCCGCCAUAGCUAAUUUGCUUCGGGCUUUUCCUUCUUCCAUUGACUUCGUCUUUCUUCCUCCUCCAAAUUUGCAGGACCUUCCUUCUGAGACCCUUGCAGGGGUCCAGAUUCAGAUCUCUGUGCCUCGCUCUAUGCCUUUUUUGAGAGAGAAGUUGAUGUCUCUCAGCUUAACGUCCAGGCUUGUUUGCUUAAUUGCUGAUUCGUUCGCCACCGAAGCACUCGCUAUUGGGAAAGAACUAAACCUAUUAUGCUAUGUCUAUGAGCCUUCAACUGUUAUGGUGGUGUCACUGUCGUUUCAUUUGCCAGAGAUAGAGGAAUCAUCUUCUUCUUCUGCCACUGAUGAGUGCAGAGACCUCUCAGAAGUGAUACAACUCCCAGGCACGCGGUCAGAGCCCCGGGCUCCUCCCACUGCUUGGGGACUUGCUGUGAUCUUUCCUCCAGUUGGCUGUGUACCUUUCCUUGCCAAAGAUCUACCAGACCAUCUCCCCGUCCAAUCCACGGAAGCUUACAAGCUGUUUCUCCAACAAUGCAAACGACACCGUCUUGCCGAUGGUGUCUUGGUUAAUAGCUUUAUAGAGAUGGAGGCCGGAGCGAUAGCAGCAUUGACAGGAGGAGGAAGACGAAAUCACCCUCCUAUUCACCCAGUGGGACCCAUCGUACAGACAUGUUCAAAUCACCAGACAGAUCACGGGACGUCGUCGUCUAAAAUCUUAAGGUGGUUAGAUGAACAGCCUCGAAGGUCUGUUCUUUAUGUUUCUUUAGGCUCUGGUGGGACCCUCUGCGAAGACCAGCUCCAUGAACUAGCUCUGGGUUUAAAAAUGAGUGGUCACAAGUUCUUGUGGGCACUUAUUAAACCACCAAGUAAAUCUCCUAGUGCUACUUUCAUCAUUAAUGGCACGGCCUCAAAGGAUGACCCUUUAGGGUUUUUACGACGUGGGUUCUUGGAGAGAACAAAUGGGCAAGGCCUAUUAGUACCCAAGUGGGUUCCACAGGUUCAAGUUCUUCGCCACGGAGCGGGGUUCUUGAGUCACUGUGGUUGGAACUCAACUCUUGAGAGUGUGGAUCACGGGGUGCCUAUGAUAGCUUGGCUAUUCUUUCACGAUCAGAAGAUGAAUGCAGUGGUGCUCAAUAAUGAUCUCAAAGUGGCUCUAAGACCAGAGGUUGGUGAAAAUGGGAUAGUACAGAAGGAGGAGAUUGCGAAGGUGAUUAAGAGUGUAAUGGGAGGGGAUGAUGAAGGUCGUAAGAUUAGCACCAGAAUAAAAGAACUACAAAGGGUUGCUAAUAAUGCUCUAAGAGAAUGUGGCUCUUCUAUGAAGACAUUAUCACAUUUGGCUCUCAAAUAG